AUGGAUGAUAGAAAAAGAAAAAUAGUAAUAAAAGGCGCGAAUCUAACUAGAUCUACAAAAUUGUUUAGCAAAAUGAAUCCAUUUGUAAAAAUAAUCACCCAAAAAUAAUAAUAUCGUUCAUCGAUUAGUAAAGCUGCCGAAAAGAACCCUAUAUGGAAUGACACAGAAUUAAUUGAAGUUGACACUGGAGAGAAUAUAAAAUUAUAAAUACUAGAUUUUAAUUCAAGAGUAGAACCAGAAUUAAUAGCUGAAACAACUCUAACUAGCGAAGAAUUGUUAGGAUGUGUUCUAAAGAAAGAUGUUUUUUAUUAGCAAUAAGUUGUUGGUCAAAUAGAAUUAGAAAUAUAAAAAACAAUAAGAUAAGAUGCCAAUUAUGUAUAAAAUAGAGUACAAGAAUUUAUAAAUACUGUUUAAUAACAAAGCUUAGCUCCUUAAUUCUAGUAUCCAUGA